AUGGUUGGACCUUGCCAAAGGAGUUUGGCUCUAGUAGACUCUCUAAAGCUUAUGGGAAGUUUAAACCAGACAAGUGUCACAGCAUUUGUUCUUAUUGGAUUUUCCAUUGACCCAAAAUACCAAACUCUCCUCUUUGUCAUAGGCCUGCUAGUCUAUCUGUUAACGCUGGUGGGGAAUCUAGCCAUCAUUGCACUGAAACAGAUAGACCAAUGCCUUCAAACUCCCAUGUACUUCCUGCUGGGCAACCUCUCUCUCACUGAGAUCUGCUACACCACCACCAUGGUACUGAGAUUGCUGUGGGACCUCUUGUUCAGGGAGAAAAAUAUCUCCUUCAUAGGAUGUGCACUCCAGAUGUUUCUCACAUUAGGAAGUACAGAGUAUGUGCUCCUCUUGGCCAUGGCAUACGACCAUUAUGCAGCCAUCUGCCAUCCAUUGCACUACACUAUCAUCAUAAACCAUCCAGUACUUAGGGGUUUGCUGGCAGUUCCCUGGGCAAUUGACAACAUCAAUUCCAUCAUUAACACAGGAAUGAUCUUUUUCUUAAGUUUCUGCCACUCCAACAAAAUUGGUCAUUUCUUUUGCGAUAUCCCUCCCCUUUUAUUCCUCUCUUGCUCUGACAUUUCCAUCAGCCAGCUGGUGACCUUCAUCAUCUCUGGAUGUGUUAUCAUUCUGCCAUUCUGCUUGACACUUCUCUCCUACAUCCUCAUUGUCUCCUCUGUGCUCAAAAUCCACACAGCUCGUGGUAGGAUGAAGGCAUUCUCCGCCUGUGCUUCCCACCUCACUGUGGUCAGCAUCUUCUAUGGAACCAUCAUCUACACUUACAUACGGCCCUCUGCCACUCAUUCCAGGGAAGAGGAUCAACUGAUUUCUGUGAUGCACACCAUUGUAACUCCAGUGCUCAACCCCUUGAUUUACAGGUUCAGGAACAAAGAAGUACAGGGGGCAUUGUGCAGAGUCCUUGGAAAGAUCAAGUAA